GUCUGGUGAAGCUGGGGAUCCACUGUGUCACAUGUCAGAAAGUUGCCAUAAAGAUUGUCAACAGGGAAAAGCUCAGCGAGUCGGUUCUCAUGAAGGUGGAGAGGGAGAUAGCCAUUCUGAAGCUCAUAGAGCAUCCCCACGUUUUAAAGCUACACGACGUCUAUGAAAACAAGAAAUACCUGUACCUGGUGUUAGAGCACGUGUCCGGAGGAGAGCUGUUCGACUACCUGGUGAAAAAGGGCCGGUUAACACCAAAAGAGGCCAGAAAGUUCUUCAGACAGAUCAUCUCAGCCCUGGACUUCUGCCACAGCCACUCCAUAUGUCUAGAGACACAAUCUCCGCACUACGCCUGCCCAGAGGUUAUCAGGGGGGAGAAGUACGACGGCAGGAAAGCAGACGCGUGGAGCUGUGGAGUCAUCCUGUUUGCACUUUUAGUGGGCGCUCUGCCUUUCGACGAUGACAACUUGAGGAAUCUUUUGGAGAAGGUGAAGCUGGGAGUUUUCCACAUGCCUCACUUCAUCCCUCCGGACUGUCAGAACCUCCUGCGCGGUAUGAUCGAAGUGGACGCCACCAAGAGGCUCACGUUAGAGCAGAUCCAGAAGCAUACGUGGUACCUAGCCGGAAAGAACGAGCCGGAGCCUGAGCAGCCCGUCCCGAGGAAGGUGGCCAUCAGGAUGCUGGCUGCGGCCGAAGAGAUCGACCCCGACGUCCUGGAGAGCAUGCACUCUCUGGGAUGCUUCAGAGACAAGGAAAAACUGACCAAAGACCUGCUGUCUGAGGAUGACAACCAGGAAAAGAUGAUCUACUUCCUGCUGCUGGACCGCAAGGAGAGGUACCCGAGCCAGGAGGACCAGAACCUGCCGCCCCGCAACGAGAUUGCAGACCCUCCCAGGAAGCGAGUGGAUUCGCCCAUGCUGAGCCGUCACGGUAAGCGCAGACCGGAGAGGAAGUCCAUGGAGGUGCUGAGCGUCACAGAGGGAGGAUCUCCCGUACCGGUGCGACGAGCCAUCGACAUGGCGACCCACGGACAGAGCAAAUCUGUUUUCAGUAAAAGCUUGGAUAUCACAAACGCUAACUGCAGCAAGGAAGAAAGAUCGCGAUCGAUCAGCGGAGCGUCCUCCGGUCUGUCCACCAGUCCUCUCAGCAGUCCCAGGCGCCCACCGGCGUUUUUCAUCCCCCGCCCCACGUACCCAAAGACCUGUGUCAGUCCCCCCCCAGACUGCACCCCACCCCCACCCAUCCGCGAGGUCCGCUUAAACGGGGUGGGGCCACGUACGCCCAAACCCAAGACGCAGCCAAAGAUGGGUCCCCCCUCCAUGCACCCCCGCAACCAGACCCUCCCGCCCAAGCCCAAAGUGUCCGAGAAGCCCUGCGACCCACCAGGUCCAACCCUCUUCCCAACCCACGGCCAGACCCCCACCACCCCCAAUUGAAGCCCUCCCACGCCCUGCCAGCCUCUGGCACCCCUGCAUCCCCAACAGCCCCCCGGGUGAGACGCCAACCCUCCCCUCACUGUCCCCGAAGCCUCCAUCCCCUCUCGCCCGUGCCUCCUAGUCGCCCCGCCCCGCCCACCAUCGUCACACCCUGACCACAACGGCAAGAAUCGUCUCACGCAGGUGACCCCCCACGCCCUCCCCAGAGGGAGCCCUCUCCCCACCCCUAAAGGCACCGGGUGCACAGACGCCCAAGAACCGACAGGCAACGCCCAGCCGACACGGCCGCCCAGCCCCUGCCAUCGGGGGCAUGCCUGGAGGACACCGGCCUCAACUCCCCAUCAAGAACAGCUUCCUGGGCUCAACCCGCGCUUCCACCGGCAAAGGAAAAAUUUUCCCACCCAGGAGGACAUGUCCAGUCUAACUCCAGACUCGUCUCCAGAACUGGCUAAGAAGUCGUGGUUCGGGAACUUCAUCAACCUGGAGAAAGAGGAGCAGAUCUUCAUCGUGAUCAGAGACAAACCUCUCAGCUCCAUAAAGGCCGACAUCGUCCACGCCUUCCUCUCCAUCCCCAGUCUGAGCCACAGCGUCAUCUCUCAGACCAGUUUCCGGGCGGAGUACAAGUCCACAGCCGGUCCGACAGUUUUCCAGAAGCCGGUCAAGUUCCAGGUGGACAUCACCUACACCGAGAGCACCAGCGCCACCAAGGACAACGGCAUCUACUCGGUCACCUUCACCCUGCUGUCAGGUCCCAGCCGACGUUUCAAGCGAUGUGGUGGAGACGUAUCCAGGCCAGCUGUCAGCAUACGACAGCCCGGCUCCCAGCCCCAGCUCUCAGAUGGCUCUCAGCGCUCAGCUUCUUUGCCCAGUAAAUCCUCCAAGCGUGGUAAGACCCAGAGCGACCGGGAGCUCCCGCAAAAAAAACCCCCAAACACCUUAACUCUGGCUUUUAACACACACUGGCAACGUCACCAACACACGCUGUUUGCACUAACAAGCAGCCCGUUGAGUAACUUCUUUGACGUAAUUAAACAGCUUUUUUCAGACGAGAAGAACAUCCAAGCGUCCCACUCCCCCGGCGCCCCUGCCACGCCUAGCUCCCCUGCCAAGCAUGCCCCCAGCAGCAAGCCCAACCAGCCCCCGCCCAAUGACUCUAAAUGCCCCCCCGGCAAAGACAAAACAAAGACGGCCGCCGGCAACAGGACACAGGAACAACCUUAA